AUGUUACAAAAAAGCUUAGGUUGGGUUUUGCCCUUAUUAUUUCUUCUAGGAUACAUACAUCAAUCCUUAGAAAGUGAUGAAUAUCAUAGAAGUGUACACAAUAUGCGCAAGUUAAUUUCUCCCAGACACCAAAUUGAAGCAACUUCUAGGUUUUGGGAAGACGAGGCACAGAAAGCGAUUGAAGCUCGCUUAAAGUACACUAAAGCUUCUGGAACAGCUCGGAACGUGGUGAUGUUCCUCGGCGACGGCAUGUCCGUGCCGACGCUAGCCGCGGCACGCACUCUCAUGGGUCAACGAAACGGACGUACAGGAGAGGAAUCGCAACUAUCUUUCGAAGCUUUCCCCUCCGUAGGACUUUCUAAGACGUAUUGCGUGGACUCCCAAAUUGCGGACUCGGCGUGUACUGCGACCGCAUACUUGUGCGGUGUGAAGGCGAAUCGCGGCACGGUCGGCGUGACGGCGCGCGUGCCGCGGCGGGACUGCCUCGCGUCCGCCGACACCUCGACGCACCUCAGCUCCAUCGCGGCCUGGGCGCUGGCCGACGGCCGUGACGCCGGGAUCGUGACGACGACGCGGGUGACGCACGCGUCGCCGUCGGGAGCGUACGCGCGCACCGCCAACAGGGACUGGGAGAGUGACGCGGACGUGCGCGGCGACGGGCACGACCCGCGCCUGUGCCGGGACAUCGCCGACCAGCUCGUGCACACACACCCGGGGAAUCAGUUCAAGGUGAUAUUGGGUGGCGGAAGACGUGAGUUUUUACCACAAGAUAAAAUAGAUGAAGAGGGCACACCGGGUAAAAGAUUGGAUGGCAGAAACUUAAUUGAGGAGUGGCAGAUGGACAAAAUCGAACGUAACGUGAGUUAUCGGUAUGUUUGGAAUCGGGAUCAAUUACUUAGUGCAAGUGAAGACUUACCUGAUUAUUUGUUGGGAUUGUUCGAAGGAAGUCAUAUGCAGUACCAUUUGGAAGCAAAUACUAGCACAGAACCUACACUCGCAGAGCUGACCGAGGUUGCGAUACGUUCUUUAAGUAGAAAUGACAAAGGAUUUUUCUUAUUCGUGGAAGGCGGGCGAAUUGAUCACGCUCAUCAUGAAAACUAUGUAGAACUAGCUCUCGACGAAACUAUUGAAAUGAGUGAAGCAGUAACACGCGCCGCCAGUUUACUGUCACAAGACGACUCUCUGAUCGUCGUCACGUCCGACCACGCACAUGUCAUGUCAUUUAAUGGCUACACUCAUCGCGGUGGAGAUAUUCUAGGGCCCUCGGAUGAUCAGGGUGACGAUGACAUUCCGUACAUGACGCUGUCAUACGCUAAUGGCCCCGGUCAUCGGCCACAUCAGGUAAACGGUCGAGUCGAUGUCACGAAUGAUGCAGAUUAUCGUACGUUACAAUGGCGAUCACAUUCUGAGGUGCCUUUGGAGUCAGAGACACAUGGCGGUGACGACGUAGCGGUAUUCGCUUGGGGUCCACAAAAUGAAAUGUUUACAGGACUGUACGAGCAGAACCAAUUGCCGCAUUUAAUGGCUUACGCUGCGUGUAUCGGGCCUGGCAUGCACGCUUGUCGCAUCGAACCA